GCACUCAACACACGCGGUUUGAGUUUACUUUGAGCUCUCUUUCUCUGACCACACUAUUCUUCUUUUUCUUCUCUUUAUUCAUCUUUUUACUCUCCUCUCAAGUCUCUUGCCUUUGUAACACUUCCUACCAGUCAUUGCCGUGCCCAACCCACAAAACCCAUUAAAGCUGAAGUUGAUGGGUAAUUGUUUCAUUGUCUCCUCCUUUAUCACUCGUAUGGGUGUCUCUCACAACUCUGUCCAAUGAGAAUUCUACUCCUUUCAUGGCUUUUCUUCAUACCCUUAUUCACAGUUUUGUUUGGCAUCAACACAGACUUUGUUUCUGGCAAAUGUCUCGAACAUCAGCUAUUGCUGUUGGUUCAAUUGAAGAACAGCCUCAAAUUCAAUUCUUCAUUUUCCACCAAGCUCAUACACUGGAAUCAGAGCACCGAUUGCUGCCAUUGGAGUGGCGUGAGUUGCAACAGCACUACUGGUCGUGUGAUAGGUCUCGACCUCAACAGCGAAUCAAUCUCUGGUGGAUUCGACAAUUCCAGUGCUCUUUUCAGUUUUGAGUCUCUUCAGAGUCUCAAUUUGGCUAAUAACAGCUUCAACUUUACACAAAUUCCAGAGAGGUUCAGAUACCUCACCAGUUUGACAUACCUCAAUUUGUCAAAUGCCGGGUUUGCUGGGCAAAUUCCAAUUGAACUUUCAAGCAUGACGAGGUUGGUUACUCUUGACCUCUCAACCCUUUUCCCUGCUAUUCUUCCUUUGAAACUCGAGAACCCAAAUUUGUCAGGGCUUGUUCAGAACCUCACUGAACUUAGAGAACUUCUUCUUGAUGGUGUAAAGAUAUCGGCACAGGGAAAGGAGUGGUGCCAGGCCUUAUCAUCAUCCUUGCCCAAUUUGCGAGAGUUGAGCUUGUCCAAUUGCAAUCUUUCAGGCCCUUUUGAUUCUGUUCUCUUGAAGCUAAGCAAUCUUUCAGUGAUCCGUCUGAGUCAGAACAAUCUAUCCACCACAGUUCCAGAAUUCCUUUCAAAUUUCAUGGAGUUGACACUGUUGCGUCUCAGCUCUUGUAAUUUGCAAGGAAUGUUUCCAGACCAGAUCUUCCAGGUAUCAACUUUACAGACGCUUGACUUAUCGAACAAUAGAUUUCUGAAUGGUUCUUUGCCAGAAUUUCACCACUAUGGAUCGCUUGAGAACUUGGUUCUUAGCGAUACAAAUUUUUCAGGGAGAUUACCAAACUCAAUUGAUAACCUUAGGAUGUUGGCCAGGAUAGAGCUUUCCAAUUGCAACUUCAUUGGACCUAUUCCAAAUUCAAUGGAAAACCUCACUCAACUUGUUUAUCUGGAUUUGUCUUUCAAUAUGUUUACUGGUCCAAUCCCAUCAUUUCAGAAGUUGAAAAAUCUUACCCACAUAUACUUGUCUAACAAUAAUUUAAGGGGUCAGAUUCCCUCCAUUCACUUUGAUGGCCUCUCGAAACUUGUACAUAUCGAUUUGCGUCACAAUUCACUCAAUGGGAGUAUUCCACCAUCGUUGUUGGCGCUCCCAUCUCUGCAGAAACUUCAGCUUUCAUUUAACCGAUUUGGUGGCCAAGUUGAUGGAUUUUCAGAUGCUUCAUCCUCUUCAUUGGAUACACUCGAUUUGAGUAGUAACAAUUUAGAAGGACGCAUUCCCAAUUCUUUUUUUGAACUUGGAAAUCUUAGCAUCCUCUUACUCUCUUCAAACAAAUUCAGUGGCCUUAUAAACUUGGAAAAUAUUUACAAGCUCCGUAAUCUUACUAAUCUUGACCUUUCAUACAACGACUUGUCAAUCGGUACAAGUGGUAGUAAGUCAGGCUUGUCUGCCUUCCCCCGGAUCACCACAUUAAAAUUGGCUUCUUGCAAGCUACGAAGUUUUCCUGACCUAAAGAACCAAACAAGACUGGUGCAAUUGGACCUUUCAGACAACCAAAUUGAAGGGGAUAUUCCAAACUGGAUUUGGAAAGUUGGUAAUGAAAGUCUAGCUUACUUGAAUCUUUCUUGCAAUUUCCUUGUGGACGUGCAAGAACCUUACGAUAUUCCUUCUAAUCUCAGUGUCCUUGACCUGCACUCUAACCAGCUGCAUGGGAAAAUUCCAAAACCUCCAGAAUUUGCAACCUAUGUGGACUACUCGAGCAAUAAUUUCAGUUCUUUAAUCUCAACUGAUUUUGGUGAUCACCUCAUAUAUGCAUAUUUCUUCUCCCUUUCAAAUAAUAGCCUCACUGGAGUCAUCCCAGAAUCUAUAUGCAAUGACAGCUACCUUCAAGUUCUUGAUUUGUCGAACAAUCAUUUGAAUGGAACAAUACCAUCAUGUCUAGUUGAGAUGAGUACCAAGUCUCUUGGGGUACUGAAUCUGCAGAAUAAUGAACUUAGUGGCAAUAUUUCGGGGUCAUUUCCUAACAGUUGUGCUUUAAAGACUCUUGAUCUUAAUGGGAAUGAUUUGGAAGGGCAAGUUCCAAAAUCUCUGGCCAACUGCAAGAAGUUAGAGGUUUUAAACCUUGGGAACAACAGGAUUAGUGCUACCUUCCCCUACUUCUUAAGGAACUCAUCUGCUUUGCGCGUUCUUGUUUUACGUUCCAACAGGUUCCACGGAGGCAUUGACUGUCCAGGGGGCGUCGAUAGUUGGUCAAAUCUCCAAAUAAUUGACCUAGCUUCUAACAACUUCAGUGGUAAUCUGCCAGAUAACUGCAUCUUGAAUUGGAGAGCAAUGAUACUCGACAAGAAUGAUGCACAAUCGAAGCUCAAUCACCUGCAUUUUGACUACCUACAACUCAAUGGCUUCUAUUAUCAAGAUACAGUGACAGUUACCAACAAGGGACUAGAGAUGGAGCUCGUGAAAAUCCUAACUAUCUUCACAUCCGUUGAUUUUUCAAACAACAAUUUCCAAGGGACGAUACCAGAAACAUUUGGAAAUCUCACAUCACUUUAUUUUCUCAACUUAUCACACAACACUCUCACUGGCUCAAUCCCAACAUCAAUAGGAAACUUGAAACAGCUUGAAUCAUUAGAUCUCUCCAUGAAUAAGCUAAAUGGUGUCAUCCCAGCACAGCUUACGACUCUUACAUUCCUUUCAUUGUUGAAUCUGUCAUAUAAUUUACUGGAUGGACGAAUCCCAACAGGCUCCCAAUUUCAAACAUUCGGUGAAGCCUCCUUUGAAGGAAACGAAGGAUUGUGUGGGCCUCCUUUGAAGACAAAUUGCAACAAGGCCAUACCACCACCAUCGCCAAAAUUUAAAGCUUCAGAAGUGACAGGGUUUCAUUGGCAGUUCAUAUCCACUGGAUUGGGAUUUGGGGUAGGUGCAGGAAUUAUUGUUGGACCUCUUAUGUUCUGGAAGCAAGGAAGGAAUUGGUGCGAUGAACACAUUGAUAAGUUUGUUUUGAUAAUUCUUUCAAUGUUUGGAUUCAUCUACACCAGCUGCGAAGACAUGAAGGUUGAAGCAGAGGAGAACAUUGAAGAAGAACCCACAGAUGACUCUGGAGUCACCGACAAUGAUGAAGAUGAAAGGGAAGAAAAAAUUCGAGGAAGGUACUGUUUGAUCUGUUCCAAACUUGACACUAGUAGGAAGAAAGUCAUACACAAUCCAAAAUGCACAUGUCAUGACCCAACACUGAUGUCUUCUUUUUCCACAUCAUCAUCAUCUCCUUCAAGUCAUAAAUCACCAAAUUCUUGAAUUUUAAGCCCUUCAUAUUUUUCCUUUCAUGUAUAUAGAUAUAAAAUAGCAUCAACUCUCAAGUGGGAUGAUGAAAGCAAAUCUUUUAAGUUGUUUCUGUAA